ACACUGACUGACAAGAUGGCGGAUAUGAUUUUAGAAAUAGAAGAGUUACUGCCGUGAAAGGCAAGGUACAAUAUUUGCUACAAACAAGCGCUAUAGUUUAAUGCAGAGCUAGCUGUUGAGUGUUACUUUCGCUCAUAAUUAAAACCCAGCAACACUGCUAUAAAUUAAACACUAGACGAUAGGUUUACCAAGGGCCAAGGAAUGAAUUUAAGAUUAACCUAUCGCUACCUAGCAUGCUAGGCUACUGUUAGCUAUAGCUCUAUAAUCUCUAAGCACACACAUGAACGAUGGCAAGGCAAGGACAGUCGGCGAUCUUCUCCCCACAUACGACUAAAAAGACAUUACCAUGUCCGGGAAUGAUCCGAUUUCUCAGCAAGCCAUGGUUACAAUGGUGAUAUGAGCUUGUUAUAAGCUGUGGAAAACAAUAUCCAUACACAGACAUUUGAGUGACAGCCAUUCUUCGGUUGCUCAGCAGGAGUGUAAUGGACAGGUGUAAGCAUGUGGGGCGGCUGCGGCUCGCCCCAGACCACUCCAUCCUCAACCCCCAAAAAUGGCACUGUGUGGACUGCAACACCACAGAGUCCGUAUGGGCCUGUCUCGGCUGUGCUCAUGUGGCAUGUGGGCGAUACAUUGAGGAACAUGCUCUGCAGCACUUCCAACUGCACCGCCACCCAUUGGCAAUGGAGGUCAAUGAACUAUAUGUUUUUUGUUACUUGUGUGAUGAUUAUGUCCUGAAUGAUAACAACACAGGAGACCUAAAGCUACUUCGGAGUACACUUAGUGCAAUUCAGAGCCAGCACUAUGAAGUUACUACCCGCAGUGGUCGUACCCUUCGCUCUGCCACUGCUGUCCCUGAAAGCCUUUUGUCAUUUGUUGCCCAGGAGCUACAGUUAAGAGAUGAGGACCGGAUGUUCACUGCCUUAUGGCAUCGACGAAGAUCUCUUAUGGGACGCAUUUUCAGAUUUUGGUUUGGACUUACUGAAUGUGGAAAAAAGAGAGAGGAGGAGGAAAGAAAGAGGGAAGAUGAGGCGCAAAAAGCAGAGGUCAGGGAGCGAAGGAGAGCACAAAAAAGGCAGAUGCAGAAAGAACUGGACAAUGCCCCUCUCAGAAAAAGUCAGCGCUUGCGGCGAAAAAGCAAAAGACUUGUGGAUGCAGCAAUAAUGACACCUCCCACAACCAAACUUGUUAAACCUUCUACACCCAAGUCACAAACUCGAAGGCCUGCUGCUCCAACUACAAAGAAAGUUAAAAAGGCACAAAAGGUCCAGCAAAUUCUCAAAACCAGAAACCUCUCUUCAACCAAAUCUAAAGCCAGAACGUCCACAACUCAUACCCCACAACCGCCUGCAUGCCGCAAGCAGAGUAAAAAGCAGAGUACCAAACAGAGUGGCUCCCCAUUAAAACGGCGGCCCACAGUCACGCCAGGUGUGACAGGGCUGAGAAAUUUGGGCAAUACUUGUUACAUGAACUCCAUUUUGCAAGUGCUCAGCCACCUGCAUAUUUUCAGGGAGUGCUUUUUGCGCCUGGAUCUAACACAAGCACUGGAACUUCUUGCAACUGCUGCAGGAAAGGCUUCACCGCACUCACCCUUUUCCCAAAAGAAGGGACCUCUGGCCAGUUCAGGCUCUGGUCCAGGGUUGAGUGGUGGGUCCUCACGAGGCCGGAACAUGGAGCUUAUACAGCCAAAAGAGCCAAGCUCGAAGCACAUCUCCCUCUGUCAUCAACUGCACACUUUGUUCCAGGUAAUGUGGUCGGGGAAGUGGGCGCUGGUUUCACCCUUUGCAAUGCUCCAUUCAGUGUGGCAGCUGAUCCCUGCGUUCAGGGGCUAUGCUCAGCAGGAUGCUCAGGAGUUUUUGUGUGAACUGCUGGACAAGGUGCAGCAUGAGCUGGACAGUGCUAGCAACAAUACAAACUCUGGGGGUGUCCCACAGCCACAGAAACGCCUCAUCAAACAAGUGCUGGAUGUGGUCAAUACCAUCUUUCAUGGCCAGCUCCUUAGUCAGGUGACAUGCCGAGCCUGUGAAAAUCGAUCCAAUACUGUGGAACCAUUUUGGGACCUAUCUCUGGAGUUUCCUGAGCGCUAUCACAGCAACAGUAAAGAGUCUGCAGCACAGGCGUCCUGCCAUUUGACAGAAAUGUUGGCCAAGUUUACAGAGACUGAGGCCCUAGAGGGAAGCAUUUAUGCUUGUGACCAGUGCAACUCUGCACGACGUCGUAACUCCUCCAAACCAGUUCUCCUGACAGAAGCACAAAAACAACUUAUGGUGCACAAAUUGCCCCAGGUCCUACGGCUUCAUCUCAAACGUUUUAGGUGGUCUGGACGAAACAACAGGGAGAAGAUUGGAGUACAUGUCAGUUUUGACCAGCUUCUUAAUAUGGAGCCGUAUUGCAGCCUUGAGGCCUCUCCUAAAGUCUCACCCUACUCCACUAACGGCAAUCCCAGCUCGUUGCAUCCGAAGCACUUCUAUGAAUUGUCUGCUGUAGUGAUGCAUCAUGGGAAAGGGUUUGGGUCUGGCCAUUACACAUCAUACUGCUACAACACAGAGGGGGCUUUUUGGGUUCACUGUAAUGAUUCAAAGCUGAAUGUGUGUUCUGUGGAGGAGGUGUGUCGAGCACAAGCUUACAUCCUCUUCUACACAAGAGUAACUCAGGACAAGGACCGGCCACUGUAGCACCGUCCCAACCCUCCACCAAACUGGACACCUCCGAAAGACGGUAUCUAGACAGCAGCCACAGGUGUCCUUAUUCCUAUGGGCAUUUUAUGAAUUAAGGCGAGGUUUUAACUAUAUUUUUACAUUAGUAAAGGGAGAAAAAGGACUCCUUUUUGUAUACAGUUCUGAUUUUUGAGUAUUGUAUAUUGUGUUUAUAUGUAGGUAUUUUUUUAAUUGAAAUUUGAUUUUGUACAGUUUAAUUUUAUAAAGAGAAUGUCAGCAAAG